CAUAUAUAAAUAAUUACAUGGAAAACAAAGUCGUUCUUGGAUAUUGGGCCAUUAGAGGCUUAGCUUAACCAAUAAGAUUCUUCCUUGAAUAUAUUGAACUUCCUUAUGAAGAUAAGAGAUAUACAGAUCCAUAAGAAUGGUUUGGAAAAGAUGAUUAAACAUUCAAUAGUCAAUUUACAAAUCUUCCAUAUCUUAAAGAUGGAGAUCAUGUAUUUAAUUAUAUUAUUCUUAGACUGUUUUCGAGUCAGACGCCAUCUAUUAUUAUUUAGCUCACAAAGUUAAUAAACCUGAAUUACUUGGCAAAGAUGCUAAAUAAUAGACUAUGGUAGCAACUAUUAGAGGAGUCGUUGGAGAUUUCAGAGCCACAUUUUUUUAAUGGGUUUAUGGAAGCAAAGAAACAGCUGAAGCCAAAAAAGAAGCAAUGUUGCAAGAGACUGGAGAAUUCUUCAGAGUCUUUAAUACUACUUUAGAAAGAUCAACAUGGUUAACAGGAGAUACAAUUACUUAUGUUGACUUUUUAGUAUGGGAAUAUGUUGAUGAAUUCUUAGUAUUAGCUCCUGAAGUGAUUACUUCAAAACCAAAACUUGUUGAAUUUCACAAUAGAAUUUCUGAAUUCCCAUAAAUAAAGAAAUAUCUAGAAAAUCCAAAUUACAUUAAAAGACCAUUCAAUUGGGACUUAUAAGCCGUAUUCUAUUGAAAAAGAUAUAUUUUUAUAAAACGAAACAUUUAUUUAGAAAUUGUUAUCAUUUAUC